AUGACCAAAGCCGUUCUGUAUGGGUACAAGCUCUACCAGAUCAGCGAGGACAGCACUCCCGUGAUUGCUCCUUCGGACGAUUCUGCAUCCGCCGUCGACGGUAUGUUGGUGUUCAACCUGGAUGAGAGCAAACGGAAUGGCAUCUCCGAAUUGGAGUCCGGCCUCACGCACCUUAAGAUUAUUCAAGCGGAACUCACGUGCAAGCACAAGUUCGCCGUGAUUGACGCGGGUGUGUUUGUGUGGUCGGGAUCUGUGGAUGGCUUAAUCCCCAUCGAGUCUACCUUUUGGGAGCCCACCAAAUUCGUUAUUAGCUCCUUUUACGGGACCAUCAAAGAGUCGAUAUACAGAUCUGCAAACGACGUCCUUGACUCAGAAAAGGAAAAGUUGGGGAAUGAUACUUGGGCCAAGUCUUGCCGCUCCGAGCGUGGCCCUAUUUCCAAUCCCAGUAGUGACGACUACGAAAUUGUAUAA